UACACGCUAUUCUCUUUAGUUUUAGACUAAUCGUCUUUGAAUUGGUUAGACGAAAGUCACCAUCACUCAAUUUGAGAAUCUUAAUUUAUAGUCUUGUGGAAUUUAUACAUUAUUAAUCAAAGCUUGGAAGUUGGGAAGAAACAUCCCAACUCCAAUUAAUCUUACGAAUACUCGAAUUAAAAAUAUGGGUGCAUUGCUUCAAAGGCCACCAUGUUAUAUAUAUAGAUAGAUUGAGAGAGAACUUUUCAUUGAAUUUGCUUCCAAUGAUUUGGACAGUUCGCUUACUCUUUUAAGGCAGUCUUCUCUGUCUAAAUUCGUAUUUUUUUUCUCACAAAUAUAGGGAGCAAAGAAAGAUCUUUCCCCCCUCUCUCUCUAUCCUUCCAUUAUUGAUCUCCAGCAGUAUCUAAAUCUGCAAUAGAAGGGAAGGCAUGAUUCCUCGUGGUGUCUCUUUAAUUUUUUUCCUGCUAUUUCUAGUUCCUGAAAUAGCAACUGUAUCAGCACUAAUUAUGGCGAGGCCUAAUUGUACAGAGACUUGUGGAAACAUUAGCAUCCCUUUUCCAUUUGGAAUAGGAACAGGUUGUUACAUGAAUGACUGGUUCUCAGUUGAUUGCAACAAAACAACUGCGGAUUCUCCCAGCAGGGCUUUCUUAAGCAGAAUCAACAUGGAGGUCUUCAAGAUUUCAUUAGGGAGCAGUGUGGUUCGAGUAAACAGUCCAAUAAUUUCCUCCGGCUGUUCUGGUAGAGGUGCCAACUUAGCCAUUAAUAUGACUGGAAGUCCUUUCGCCUUCUCUUCCUCAAAUAUCUUCAUCGCAAUGGGCUGCAACAAUCGUGCUAUAUUGAACCAAAUUGAGCCAGAAAUUGUUGGGUGCACGUCAACUUGCGGUUCUAGUGCAGAGGGUCAAGAAAAUAGUUACUGUUCUGGUAACAAUUGCUGCCAGACCACAAUUCCCUCAAGUCUCCAGGUGUUCAACGCGAGUUUGGGGACCACAGAGCACCCUAUUAAUGAUCAAGGCAGGAAUCAAUGCAAGGCAGGUUUUAUAGUAGAGGGAGAAUGGUUCCGGAACAAUAUAUCAAGUCCCGAGGUGGUGCAAGAUGUACAAUAUGUUCCAGUAAUCCUGGAUUGGGUUAUGUAUUAUGGUACUGUCAUCCCUGAAGGUGUAACAUUGUAUUCUGAUGCAAAGAAUUCUGAUGCAAUGUAUUGCGACCCCCCUAUGAACUUAACUUCUGGUACGUGGGGUUUGAGAACAGUAACAUUGUAUUCCAAUUCAACUAUUUGUAGUUGCAACUCGGGCUAUGAUGGCAAUCCGUAUCUUCCUGAUGGAUGCACUGGUAUGAUUCGAACACGCUUAAUGUGAUUUUUAAUAAUAAAAAAUAAUAAUAAUGGAGUACUGAAGCUUAAACAGUAGUCAAAAGCUCGACUUUUGAAUGGCUCCAAUCACAAGGCAAUCACAUGAAUAUACUCACUAGCUCAUUGGAUUUCCUGAAUCAUAUAUCGAUGAGUGCAAAAUUCCCAGGGAAUAUUGGUGUUCGGGG